AGAAUGGUCCAUAUACCAUUUUAAAGUUUGUGUCUGAUUUUUUUUAAUUUCAGUACUGGCGGUUUCGAGCUUGGCUUGUAGAGCUUACGACAGAUCGCUAAAUUUUGGAGACAAGUAUUUUACAGAGGAAGAUUCAUUUUAAUCUUGUAGCUGCAUUUUUUCACUUGAUGAAACUGUUGAGAGCAAAUAUAAGAGCCAAGUGUUUUACAUGGAAGCACAUGAUUAAAGAAUUAUAACAUCAAACCUGCUUUUAUUGAAAUCUAACCGUAGGAUAUUGCUCACAUACGGGGCUAGUCUGCCCAACUUCGAGAGUUGCAGAGGUGCAGGUUAAAAAUGAAGUUAAAAGAAUUGGAGGGAUAUUUGGGCAGUCUUCAACAGUUUUCUAAUCCAAAGAGGCUGCGAAACCAUUGAAGGAGUGAUCUUCCAGGCUGAUAAACUAGGGGGAUAGAGGCUUGCAGCAGGCAGUGUGUUUACAAGUCUCCAGUGGCAAUCACAUCCAGGGGUUGCAGUUGUGCUUCAAGACACUUUAUAUGUGUUGUUUUGAUAGUGGUGGACCUUGAACAAUAUCCAACAGGACCCCACAUUGCAUCACGGAUGUUGUAUAUGGCUGAGAAUACAUUCGGUGAUAUAAUGGAUAAGGUAGUAGUUGAUCUUGGUUGUGGAUGUGGGACUUUGGGUUUGGCAGCUAUGCUAAUGGGUGCAGAGCAUGUGAUUGGGGUUGACAUGGAUUCUGAUGCACUUGAAAUUGCUUCAUCAAAUGCUAUAGAUCUUGAGACAGAGAUGGAUUUUAUGAAGUGUGAUGUUGGGAAAUUGUCGUGGACUGGAUCAAUGGUUGACACUGUCAUAAUGAAUCCUCCAUUUGGAACACGGAAGAAAGGUGCUGAUUUGGAAUUUCUUUCUACUGCCCUGAAGGUUUCUGCUGGAGCAGUUUAUUCAUUACAUAAGACUACUACACGAGAACAUGUGCAACGUUCGGCCAUCCAAAACUUGAAUGCAAAGACUGCAGAAGUUUUAUGUCAGCUUCGGUUUGAUCUACCUGUACUCUACAAAUUUCACAAGAAGCGAGAGGUUGAUAUAAUGGUGGAUCUUUGGCGCUUCACUCCUAAUUGAGAGAUUAUUCUGUGCCACAAAAUUUCCAUUCAAUGAUGAAAAUUUGAGACUAAAUUAAUAUAUUCCAUAGACACCAGUUUCUAGGUAGAGGAAGCAUGUUGGUUUUGAAAUAAUUACAUCUUGGCAUUAACUUGUUAACAUGUAUUUAACAAGAACCUAUAUGCCAAUGGUGUCUUCACAUAAGCUUUUGAUGAAUGACAUAUAUCAAUUUUCAAGGAGAUGCUUGGGUCUUGAUAUCUUACUGCAUCUUGCAGAAACUGUUUCAUAUAUGACGUCUGUGAUAGCAAGUACACUUUUUCCCACA